CACGGAUUUUUAUUAGAAAGUCAUGAUGUUCCAACUGAAGACGGUUGGAUAUUGACUGCGUUUCGUUUAAAAAAAGUAAAUGGACUCUAUGGGAAAGGAGUUAUUUUUCUUCAGCAUGGAAUGGCUACGGACUCUUCAUGUUUUUGUGGAAAUGGAAAUAAAUCUUUCUCCUUCUAUUUCGCUAACCUAGGAUACGACAUUUGGCUGGGAAAUUUCCGAGGCACCGAGUUUAGUAGACAUAAAAUACUGCAAAGAAGUGAUAAAAAAUUUUGGGAUUUUAGCUAUCAUGAAAAUGGCUUAUAUGACUUAUCAGCAAACUUCAAAUACAUAUCAGCCAAAACGAAAUCUAAAAUAUUUUACAUUGGCCAUUCUAUGGGAGGUAGUGCAAUGGCCAUUUAUUUAUCAAUGAAACCAGAGGAAGCUAUGGAAUAUGUUAAGCACACAACAUUUCUAUCUGGCAGUUUUCAUAUGAAAAAUACCCAUGGAAUUUUCGGAUUUAAUUAUGUUAAUAAUAUGUAUGAUUUACUGAUGCUAUUGCCGAACACCAACAUGAGCGUUCUCUUGGGUCUUGAUAGUUUUGAAAGGCAAUUUAUGUUACAGUUUUGUCUUUCAUCUUUGAAAAAUGCCCAUCUCUGCAUAGGAAUAAUAGACAGUAUUGCCGGUACUGAGGGAUAUGAGAUGUCACCAGAAAACAUUCUAUUGGCACUCCCGUGCGGCAAAAAUCAGUGCUUGAAACAAAUGUUACACUAUGUCCAAGCCAUUCGAACGCAAGAAUUUAGAAUGUUUGAUUACGGGCCGAAGGAGAAUAUGAUUCGGUAUAACUCUACAAUACCUCCAAAAUAUGAUUUGACCAAAAUGUCUACUGAUAUAACUUUCAUAUAUGGAGCUUACGAUGGGCUUGCAACCAAGGAGGAUAAUAUUUAUACAUUCAAUAAAUACCGAAAGCCAAAUUGGGAUGCCUACGAAAUUCCUUAUAAUCAUUACAACUAUUUAUUUGAUAGAAAAUAUGUCGAUAAGAUUUUGUAUCCUUUGAUAUUAAAAAUUAUUAAUAAAUGAACUAA